AUGGCUAGUGGAGCUUCCUCGUGUUCGGAAUGGAAGACGAGCAUUGUAAAUGAAUGGAGGGCUCGUCGUUUAGCUGAAACGAAAGAUACAUCGGUUUUAUUUCCAUUAGCAAUGAACCCGUUUGGUGAAGACGAAAUUUUAGCUAUGACAGAGGUUUUGCUAACAGGUCGAUUAACAUUAGGCAAACAAGUUGAGCAUGCUGAAAAGAAAUUUGCGGAAAUUGUUGGUGUACCUUAUGCUGUGAUGGUCAAUUCAGGAAGUUCUGCAAAUUUAUUAGCUGUGUCAGCAAUAGCGAAUAAAUUGCGAGCAAAACAUUGUAAAGUAGGUGAUCAUGUUCUCGUACCAGCUGUUUCUUGGUCGACAAGUGUGUUUCCAUUAAUUCAACAUGGUCUUCGUCCAAUUUUCGUCGAUGUUGAUCCACGUACGUUCAAUAUUUCAAUUCACGAACUCGAACGCAAAUUAACCAAUCAUGUGAAAGCAAUCAUGGCUGUGCAUGUGCUCGGAAACUCGGUUAACAUGAAGUUAUUAAUGGAAUUUGUUCAACGACAUAAUCUGCUUCUAAUUGAAGACACAUGUGAAUCGUUGGGAAGUUAUUGUUUAAUCGAUGAAAAUAGUCAACGGAAAAUGUUAGGAACAUUUGGAGAUUUUGGAACAUUUUCAUUCUAUUUUUCACAUCAUAUUACUAGUGGUGAAGGUGGAAUGAUUACAUGUCAUACAGAGGAUGAUUACAACUUCCUCCGUUGUUUGCGCGCUCAUGGUUGGACAAGACAUUUGACAAAUCGUCAGCAGAUUGAAGAUCUAUAUCCUGAUAUUGAUUGCCGAUUUUUAUUUGUUAAUAUGGGUUACAAUCUUCGACCGUUAGAAGUUCAAGGCGCCAUGUUGAGUGUUCAAUUAGAUAAACUCGAUGAAUUCAAUCGACAUCGUCGUGAGAACUUUCGCCUGAUUAGAGAAAGUCUUUCACAUGAUGAAAGAUUUUCAUCGUUAAUGUCAUUGAUGGAAGCUUCGGAAGGGAUUGAUCCUGCUUGGUUCGGCUUAGCCUUUCUUCUGCAUCGUCCGUAUACGCAUCAACGAUGUGAGUUUUUGAAGUAUCUCGAAAAGAACGGCAUCGAAAAUCGUCCGAUUAUCAGUGGAAAUU